AUGACGACUGAGUCUUUAAGCACGAGUUCCAUCCAACUGAGUACCACCAGCAGUGCUCCAUCUUUCAGAUGGCAGUCAGUAUAUAUGGCUUAUGGGGUUAUCAUGUUUUUCGUUUUGAUCAUCGGUUUUUUCGGCAACGUGUUCACCAUUCUUGUCCUUCGACAACGCGAGCACCGCAUGAAGAGUAUCACGCCACUUAUGGUGAAUUUAGCCCUCGCAGAUCUGUUCAUUAUCGUGUUUGGCUACCCAGCGAUCAUCGUAAGCAACCUAAAUGGUGAUUUGUUAUUCCCCGAGAGCCCAUUGUGUGUUUGGUCUGGUUUUGCUAACGGUUUCUCGGGUAUGACCUGCAUCGCCACCUUAACGGUUAUGAGUGGAAUGGUGUACCAAACUGUCAAACGCAACUUCCCACCAGCACACAAUGUUGUCCCAAAGAGACAGGUCACUCUUCUCAUUGCCUCCACUUGGUUUUAUGGAUUCAUUGUCAUGCUCCCGCCUUUGGUUGGAUGGAACCGGUUUGUACCUGGUCAAGCCGGUUUUAGUUGCGCACCCGAGUGGACAGCACCAAACGUCGCCAGUAAAGUAUACAUCUCGGUGUUGAUAGUCGUAGGCUUCCUUACCCCGCUGGUGGUUAUUGCUGUGUAUUAUACCUUGACUUUCAGGUAGGUAUGAAACCCGGGUUCUGUACUUCCAUAAAUUUUGGAUAGGUGUGUUCCGCCCGGCGCUUAAAACCCUGUCCCUAUUUAAGGAUAAGAUGAAAGAAAGUUGAUACCCGAAAAUUACCCCCUAUUCAAGGGAAACCAAAAACCAAUAAUUCAAAGGCGACACAAAUCGCUUUCCUAACGCGCCAAGGGACAGAUUAGUUUUAACAGAUAGUUUGUUUGAAUUUCACUUGAAUUUCAGCUGAAACAAUUUAGGUGCCCUUUCUAAGGACCACACCGGGAACACGGAGGCAACAAGGGAAAAAAUGAUACCGUAAUUAUGGAUCGAGACCCUCAAAAACCAUACCCUACUAACCGUCACAUACCUUUCUAGCCAUUAUAAGUGAUUAUCCCUCGGGGAAAAAAAAUAGCAGGGAGCUUAAGCUAAGGAGUUUUUGUCAACUGGAAGUGGACUUUUUACGUUCUUGGGCAGUGGUUUUGGCAAAUCUUCGGGCAAAUGGUCUCCAUGAGAGUUCGCACCUCGUGUAUUUCAUUCAGUCUCAGUCAGAACUCUCACAGAACGAGAAAAACAAACGCAGGCGAUAAGGGAUGCGCAGCAGCUUGCGCAGAAUGUUUUUCCGCCCUGAAAGACCAACAUUGACGUCACGUAGUCUCCACUCUAUCACGCGACCAAAAAAUCUUUACCCAAAUCUCACUGAGGAUGUUUCUUUUUAGUGUUUGGUGAAGGUAAAGCGACAAAAAAAAAAUGUCAAUUUUUUGGUUCAUUUGACCUUUAAGUCACUAGAAGGUUCAGAACUAAGGGUCUCUCGUCAGCGUGUUGGUCGUCCAGGAAUCGAACCCAGAUUAAAUGAAUCACCCGGUCGAAUUUGGGCACCCAACCAAAAGCUCUACCCACUCCCACUACUAGAUGUUAUAUUGCUUUGUUUUCUUUUGUUGGAUACUUUUUGGGGGCUUUCCGUGUGACACAGAAUUUUGCUUAAAUGGCUUAAUUUUAAUAGUAAGGCUCUUAAGAGAAAUGGAUUUCUCCUUCCUCUACACCGUGUAUACAACCUGACUUCAUUAUGUCUUUUAGGCAAGAGAUGAUAAGAGUAAGGAGAGUAAAUCCCCAUGUUAGCCCCUUUCCAAAGAUUAUCCCUCGUAAGCUAUUUUUAGUCACUACCAUUACAUAUCUUUUGAACCAUAACCCUAACCAAUAAUCAUGAACAGAGUAAAAAUAGUCUAGUUUUCUAAAUAUUGUGUUUUUAGUUUUUCGAUUCUUGAAGUUUUGGAGUGAAAAAUUUUGGUUUUAUUAUUAUAACAAGGGUAAUUUAAAACUAAAAGAAAACAAUAAAAAAGGGGAUAUUGGACGUUUCAAAUUUGGGAUUUCCCGCCUUGCGGUUACUAAAAAUAAGUUGAGUGGUCGAUCAUUUUCUCCCUUACCCUUAAUCCUCUCUUGGUUUCUCCUCUUCCGGCGAAUUAAACCUGACAUAUUUUUGUUCUUUCUUUUUUAAUCCCUAACAGAACACUCAAACGCAGACCAAUGACCGGAAAUGCUUUCCUUCAAGCUCAACGCCGGAAAUACCAGAACAAAUCCAUUCUGAUGACAGCGGUCACGAUCGGUGCCUUCCUGCUA